CGAGCGGGUGCUCUGCGCGCUAAGUGCCCGGGGUUGCCUUUAAGCCGGGAGAUGCCGAGCGGAGGCUCUGGGAGAGCGCGCGAGGGGCGCGUUUCGGUGCUUGCGCGUGCGUGGCUGCUUUAAAGAGGGCGACCGGCUACCCCCUGAUGGACACGAAGUCCCGGGCACUGCUUGCCGCUGCCGCUGUUGCUAUUAUUAUUGGUACUGCUGCUGAUUCUCGGAGGAAAGCGCUUGUCCGCUGCGAGCCUCUGAGGUACCGCGUUCUCCCGCCCUCGUUUUGGCGGGAUGCUGAGCUAGGCAUCCCUUCCAGGGCUUCUCGCUGGGCAAGGUGCGUGACGAAGAGAGACGGCUAGGAGGUAUCGGUGGUGGAGGAUUUUUUAUUUUUUAAAAACACAUUUAUUUAUUCACCGGGAGGAAGGGGGCGGCUGCGGUGUAGGCGACCGAGCUUUUAAAUGGCCAGCCCCCGGAGGUGCAUUGAGUUGGAGCAUUUCGAAGAGAGGGACAAAAGGCAGCAGCGCUCGAGCUCCCGCCGAGGAGGGGGCAGCUCCACUUGCAGCAGCAGCUCGGGGCCCAAAGGGAACGGGCUCAUCCCAAGCCCCGCGCACAGCGCCCACUGCAGCUUCUACCGCACGCGCACCCUGCAGGCCCUCAGCUCGGAGAAGAAGGCGAAAAAGGCGCGCUUCUACCGCAAUGGGGACAAGUACUUCAAGGGCUUGGUCUAUCCCAUUUCCAGCGACCGCUUCCGUUCCUUCGACGCCCUCCUCAUCGAGCUCACCAGGUCUCUAUCGGACAACGUCAACCUGCCCCAGGGCGUCCGUACCAUCUAUACCAUUGACGGCAUCCGGAAGGUCGCCACCCUCGACGAACUGGUGGAUGGUGAAAGCUAUGUAUGUGCAUCAAAUGAACCAUUUCGGAAAGUUGAUUACAAUAAGAACGUUAAUCCAAAUUGGUCAGUCAACAUAAAAUCGGGGUCAUCUCGAUCCCUCACAUCUUUGACAUCUGGAAGAAGUGAAUUGAAGGAAAGCAAAGACUUUAUUAAGCCCAAACUGGUAACUGUUAUACGGAGUGGAGUGAAACCACGGAAAGCUGUGAGAAUUUUGCUGAAUAAAAAGACUGCUCAUUCCUUUGACCAAGUGUUGACUGAUAUAACAGAAGCUAUUAAGUUAGAUUCAGGAGUUGUCAAGAGAAUUUGCACACUGGAUGGAAAGCAGGUUACCUGCUUGCAAGACUUUUUUGGUGAUGAUGAUGUUUUCAUUGCCUGUGGACCGGAGAAAUACCGUUAUGCUCAAGAUGAUUUUGUACUGGAUCAUAGUGAAUGUCGUGUUAUGAAAUCAACUUAUUCCCGUUCAUCUGGGGCCCCAAGGUAUUCUGGAUCUAAAAGUCCUGGACCGUCACGUCGAAGCAAGUCACCUGCUUCAGUAAAGAGGAGUGGCCACUACUCCAGUGCUUACUCUUCAGCAAAAUCCCCAGUCAAUGGAGCUUCAAGCAGCCAGCUUUCUACUCCUAAAUCAACAAAAUCUUCUAGCUCCUCGCCAACUAGCCCAGGAAGCUUUCGAGGACUCAAGAUUCCACCACAUUGUGGGUCGUCUUCCAAUGUGAACGGUGUGCCUGAACUAUCUCCCUGCCUGAGUCCUGAAAGUGUGAAUGGAAACAAAUGCUCAGGGACGUCAGCUAUUCUUGAGAAAUACAAAGUGGGAAAAGUGAUUGGAGAUGGUAAUUUUGCUGUGGUUAAGGAGUGCAUAGAACGUUCUACUGGGAAAGAGUUUGCAUUGAAGAUUAUAGACAAAGGAAAAUGUUGUGGAAAGGAACACUUGAUUGAAAAUGAAGUCUCAAUACUACGCCGAGUGAAGCAUCCCAAUAUUAUCAUGCUAAUCGAAGAGAUGGAUACUGCAACUGAACUCUAUCUGGUGAUGGAGCUGGUCAAGGGAGGAGACCUUUUUGAUGCGAUCACGUCUUCAACGAAAUACACAGAGCGUGAUGGAAGUGCAAUGGUAUACAAUCUAGCCAGUGCACUGAAAUAUCUCCAUGGUCUAAGUAUCGUACACAGAGACAUCAAGCCAGAGAACCUCCUGGUCUGUGAGUAUCCAGAUGGGACAAAGUCAUUGAAGCUAGGAGACUUUGGACUAGCCACUGUUGUUGAAGGACCUCUCUAUACGGUCUGUGGCACACCAACUUAUGUGGCUCCAGAAAUCAUUGCAGAGACAGGUUAUGGCUUAAAGGUGGACAUUUGGGCCGCAGGUGUCAUUACAUACAUAUUGUUAUGUGGGUUCCCACCAUUUCGUAGUGAGAACAAUGUCCAAGAAGAUCUCUUUGAUCAGAUCCUGGUUGGAAAGCUAGAAUUUCCUUCACCAUACUGGGAUAACAUCACCGACUCUGCUAAGGAGUUAAUUAGUCUGAUGUUACAAGUGAAUGUAGAAGCACGAUAUACAGCAGCUCAGAUUCUCAACCAUCCCUGGGUGUCGGAUGAUGCCUCCCAGGAAAAUAAUAUGCAAGCUGAAGUAACAGGUAAAUUAAAGCAGCACUUUAACAACACGCUACCCAAACAGAAUAACCCAACUGCAGGGGUUUCUGUCAUCAUGAACACAGCUCUAGAUAAAGAAAGACAGAUCUUCUGCAACAAGCGCUGUCAGAACUCUGGUCAAGCUGCUGUGAACCAAACCACCAUGAUAAAUGCUGCAGAUCAUGAACCUCCUACGGUUGGUCUCAAGGCGUUAUUCCCUGCUGCUUCUGAGCCACUCAAACUCUCUACAUGCCCAGUCUCAGCAUGUCAUGAUGCUACUGCAGGAUUCAUUUAAGACAAGUUCCACUCAAGCCCACUGCUAGGUCAGGAAUCUAUUCGCUAUUAUUCUCUUGCCCUCACUACUGUAGUUUGUUCACAUGUUUGAAAAGAAUAGUACGUACAGUAGUUUUUAGUACUCUGGCCAUUACGUUUGGAAAUUCUUAUCUUUUUUUAAAAAUAGUGUUAAAUAUAAUUUCAAACAACAUUGGAAUGAAAAUGAAUUAAUCUUCUCUGGUGCUAAUUACAUCUUGAUA